CUGACACGUGUCAACAUCCAGUUGUUUAGUUUCAGUGCACCGUGGCACACCUGAUCCUCCCUCCCAUAUGUUUUCCUUUUCUCUGGUAAAGUAGGCCAUCCGUCCUUUCUAGCCGUUGCAGUUGUCAUCAUUUCUCUCUCUGUUCCUCCCAUCUCUCUCUCCCACAACACUCGCAUCGGAUUGCGAUCGUUAGAAAACUCCGAGGCGGAGAUGAAGUCGACGAAGACGAGGUUUGCGAAGAAGUUGAGGUCGAUCAAAGCUGGCGAUUACCUGAAGCAGGAUCGGAUUCUGCAGGCGCUCUCAGCCGCCGAUGGGUUAGUAGAGCUCCUCCCUAAGAUCUCCAACCCCAUUCCCCAUCUAUCAAUCGAAUCGAUCCGCAAAAUACCAUGGAAGCUUGAAGAUCGAACUAUCGACGUAUCGAAUGUUCACGGAGAGGAAGAAGCUAAUGGGAGUUUCGUCGGCGACAAAGAGAAUGUCAGGCCUCUGGUGAACCAAAGUAGGCGGGUUUCGGUAGAUCGCAGAGAAGUUAAAGCCGACAUUUCAUCCAGAUCUUCUGACACGGGUACUUGUAGAACAGGCUCCGGAUACGAGUUUAGGAGACCCGAUUUGGAUUCGAGCAGCCUUUUCGAUCCCAAGCUCCUCGAAGCAUUCGAAAGAGCUGUAGGAUAUUACAGGAGACUAAGCGAGAGGACCAGGGAAUCGAGAUUUGAGGGAGAAGAUGACGGCAUUACCUUCCCGGAUAUAAGCGAGAGCGAGGGAAGAGCUGAGGCCAGGCGAAAAUGCUCUGGAAAUGACGGCAAAAACCUUCCGGUAACCACCGACGACCUAAUACAGACUGGAUUUGGAGAACCGGGCCAAAGAAAUGACGACCGUAUAACCCUUCCGGCAACGAUACGCGACGGUGAGAGUCAAGCUGGAGCCGGGGAAAAAGACGAUAGUACUCUCUCCGGAGAAGGACGAGCCGAAGCAGAGGUAAAAGACGACAAUAACCUCCGCAACUCUGUCCGAAUUGACGCGACAGAAGAGGAAGCGGACAUCCCAUUUGACGAUAGUGCUCUUCCGGAGAUAAUAAGCGAGGUCGAGAGUCGAGCCGGAGAAGAGGAGGAAGAAGAAGACGGCGGAGGAAAAGACGGUAAUGCCCUUGCGGAACCGUUGCUGGGAUUCGAGGCACGGUGUCCUCCGGGAGGAGAAAACUCCGUCGUCCUCUACACCACCACGCUCCGAGGAAUCAGAAACACGUUCGACGACUGCAACAAGGUCCGGUUUCUGCUCGACAGCUUCAGGGUCUCGUAUUACGAGAGAGACGUCUCGAUGCACCGGGAAUACAGGGAGGAUCUACGGCGGAUCAUGGCGGCGGAGACGGCGACGGAGCUUCCGGUGCUGUUCGUGAAGGGAGAGUGCGUCGGCGGAGCCCACCGGGUGCUGGGCUUGCACGAGCAGGGGAAGCUGAGGGCUCUGUUCGACGGCGUCCCUGCCGCCGGAGCCGGACGUUGCCGGCGAUGCGACGGAGUGAGGUUUUUGAUGUGUGAUGGCUGCAGAGGAAGCCGUAAGAUUGUUGGUGAUGAUGGGAAGAGGGUGGAGUGCUCCAUCUGCAACGAGAAUGGGUUGAUCGUAUGCCCUUCUUGCUCAUAAGAUUCAUUGAUGGGUUUUUUAUUUGUUCUUUCCAAUAUUGUGACGAAAUUCUUUUGGAGCCCAAUCCCAAUCCUAUGUAUUUUUCGUAUGCAAAUUUUUCAAGA